GAUGAAGCAUCAACUAGUUGUUCCUGUUAAGUCCCAUUUCCCGGCCCAGUAUUCUCAGUGCACAUAUUUUGGCAAAUUGGAAAACUUGUUGGACUUCAUGCCCAUCAGUCAACGAGAGUUGUUCCAGAAGCUACCAUGGUGUCAUUUUGCUAAGACUCCAGAAUUGCAGUUUUCUGGCCAUAUUGUUCAUAUGUUGUUGUUGCGUCUGGUUCGGCAACAACCCGUGGAUGAGCUUUGGUUUUCCAUAUGAGGGAAGAUCUUUAAGUUCACUUUUAAAGAUUUUUGUGAAAUCACCAACCUGCCGGCGUACACCACCAGAUCCACUUUUGUUUAAAAAAAUGAGAAAGGUAGUGUGGCAGAUAUAUUCUUUAAAGGAAACAAGCGUGUGACGUACCAAGAGCUGAAGGAAACAAUGGAGGCAGUGAAUCCAAAGAAGAUGAUUGACCCGUUAGCUUUUGUGAAGUUGGCUUCCCUUUUCGUGGUUGAUGGUGUGUUGCUGACUAGAGACCACAACACAAAGAUCAAUGCUGAGCAUUUUGAUUGGGUUGAAGACUUUGAGAACAUCCAAAAAUAUCCUUGGGCACUCGAGUCUUAUAACCUUAUGGUUAGCAAUUUGAAGUCGUUGAUGCGUGGUCAACCGGAGAAGUUUGAAGCUGCGUUAGCUAAGAAUCUUGGCUACAAGAACGCUAAGUUCAUGGUUUGGUCUUUACCCCACGUGUUGCAGGUUUGGGCAUAUGAGAAAAUCUCUGGACUUGCGGGGAAAUGCGGCGAAAAAGUGAAAUCCGAACAAGCUAGCAUUUUGAAUUGGAAGGCUAUUGGGUUUUUCCACUAUUCUUCUUUGAAAGAACUAGUAUUCACCGAUGAGCCUUUAGAAGAAACGGAUGAUGAGAAGGAUGGUGAAGAAGAUGAUGAAGAAGAAGAUGGUGAAGAGGAAGGUGAUGGAGAAGAAGGUGAUGGUCAAGAAGUUGAGGAUGUCAAACUUUUUCGCAAAUUGAAGGUGUUGGAAGAGCUUUUAAAAACAAGGGAUGAAAUUGAACAGUUGAGGAGUAGUGUUAGAGGCAUUGAGGCCACACUUGGUGAGGUCAAAGACAUGUUAUCUAAGGUGACGGGGGUGGUUCUGCAUGGCAAAAAGGAGGUGCCCACUGAAGAGAAGGAAGUGCCCACUGUCGAAGAGAAGCCUGAUUCUGUUCAAGAUAAUCAGCGUACUGAGCAUGACAUGCCAGAAGUGGACAUCGAACAGAAGUGGUUUACAAGCUGAGGAAGAGGAUGAAGUCCAAAGUGGAGAGCCUGAUUUGAAGCAUGGCACUCCGGACGUGGUAAGUCAAGAGAAGGUAUCAUUGCCAAAUGUAACCUUACAUGUGAUUGACAUUUUGCAAUUAUCUGUGAAAUUAUUGAUAUUUUGUGUGUAAACCAUGAGUCUCAUGAAGAUGGUCAGGGAACUUAGCCAGAAAUGGCGCUUGUGGCCACGGCCGAAAUAUGCAGGUGAUUUGGAAUGUGUGUGUACUUACAUGUAUUUGUCUAUGAAGGAUCAGGAUGUUGAGGCCUGUGUUCACUCAUUGCCUAAAUCAACCCUCAUAAGCUAUAUUUUGGAAGAAGUUAGUGCGUA